GUCGGGGAGCGCGUGGGCCGCAGCCGUUAAGUAUGGCCGCGGCGGGGGGGGGGGGUGGGGCGCUUGGUUGUCUCGCGCUGCUGCUCGCCAACGGCCGGAGCAUCCCGGUGCUGGGGCUCGGUACUUCCCAUCAAGGUGGCUAUUCCCAUGAUGCUGUGGUCCAUGCAUUACAAAAAUGUGGCAUUCGUCAUAUUGACACAGCAAAAAGAUACGGCUGUGAAUUUAUCCUCCAAAAGGCCAUCAAAGAGAGUGAUGUGAAGCGAGAGGACCUCUGGAUAACUACCAAACUGUGGCAUAGUGAUUAUGGCUAUGAAAGCACAAAAAAAGCCCACUUAGAAUCAUGUGAAAGACUUGGUGUUGAAUAUCUCGGUUUGUGUAGAUCAAUUGGUGUAAGCAACUUUCUUAUCAGUCAUCUUGAGCAACUAAAGGAAGACUCUGUGAUUACUCCACAUGUUAAUUGGGUUGAAUACCACCCUUUCCAAAGACCUCAGGAACUGGUCAGUUAUUGUAGGAGCAGAGAUAUUGUUUUUGAAGGCUACUGUCCUUUAGCCAAAGGUGAAGUACUCACUCAUCCUAGUAUCAUUCAGCUGGCAAAGAAAUAUGGCAGAACCCCAGCACAGCUUUGCAUACGCUGGAAUAUACAGAAUGGGAUUGUCACUAUUCCAAAGUCCACAAAAGCAGAAAGGAUAGAGGAAGACUGCAAGGAAAUGGUUAUUUUACUUCUUCCCACCCUCCCCAUGUUACUGGUUUUUGAUUUUAAUCUGAGGGAAGAAGAUAUGGAAUUUUUGAACACUAUGAAUAUAAACAGAAAAUUAAUUCAUCUAACCUAUCCACUGUGGAAAGGAUAAUUUAAAACCAGAUUGUUCUAUACUGCAGAAGUGAUGCAACUGAAACAUUCAUUAACUUUAAACAGAACAAUAAAUCUAAAUUGUUUUCUUGGGUACUCAGAGUACCUAAUAAAUAUCAAUCAAAAAAAUCAGUAUCAAUGGCUUAUAUAUACUGUUAUGUUAACGAAUUAAUAAAAUCAUUUUGUUUACUCUU